UUCAAGGGAAACAAGAUCUUUGCUUUCAUAACAAUUGGGUAUUGUGGACAGUAAAUUUCAUUAGUUGUUCACGAUAUGGGUCUCUUUUCUUUCAUUAUUACCAUCUCUCCUUAUGUAUUGUAUAGGACUAAUUUUUUUUCUUAUAUAAUUAUAAUGUUGUUGUAAAUUAUUAUUCUCUUGAUAACAUUCUCUUGGGAUUUUUUCGUGACACUGAUCUAGACUUGAUUGUUAUCCUUUACUGCAGAAAUUGCCAUCUGUGUAUUAAAAUUAAUGUUCAUUGACAUAUCAUAUCCUUUCAAAAAAAAAGCAGCAAGAUCGAGUUUUGUUAGUGGAAGCAUCCAGUCGUUAUCUCUGGAUAUCUGAUUGUCUAAAGAUUGUUGUUAGUUGUUUUCCAAGAAUAUAUCCUUUCCUGAUGUUAUACAAUUAACACUGGAAUGCUUACACUUGUUUACUUUGCAGUCCUAAAGCCUGGCUGUUAAUUUGAUAAGUUAUGCUGCCUUAUGUUUACCCUGGAAAGUCUCAUAUAGAUAUUCUUGCAGUCAGGUGAUGAACAUACGAGCUCCAAAGCACUUGCUAAUAUGCUCACAUCAAACCGUGGAAUGUCCUUUUUCCUUUCUUCUUUAUUCUACUUGUUUCUCUGCUCUUAUUCCCUCUCAUCUUUGUUUUAUUCUCAGCAUUUUCUCCUUUAAGUAUGCUGUUUGUCAGAAAGUUAUGUUCAGCAAAAAAUAAAGGUGGAAGAGUGUUGCAUUUCAUGGGUGCCUUGGAUCUGACCGUUCAAGUGUAUAACAUUUCUUCUAGAGCAACGAAGGAAGACUUGAUAACCUUCUUCUCAUAUUGCGGUAAUAUUGAUGAGAUUCAGCUUCAAGGCAGGGAUGGAGAUGGGUCACAGUUGGCGGUCGUGACUUUCAAGCAGCCUUAUGCCUUUAAGACAGCUCUUCUAUUGAAUGAUGCUAUACUAAUAGAUCGACGAGUUUGCAUAUCGCCCUUGGAGAAGGAUAUUGUCCCAAUUAUUUUUUGCUUUUCGGAGAGAGAGCAGACCCAGGGAACAACAACAAAAGUAGCAACACGCCGAGGGCAUGAAAUUCUGAGCAAGGUAAGUGAUAAAGUGACUGAUAAGGUGACUGGUAUCGGUAAAACAUUGGCGAAACAAGCAAGCACAGCCAUGCUUUCAGCAGAACAGACUGUUGGCAGUGUGGGAUCUACUAUUAGCAAUAGCAGCUACUUCACUACGAGCACUCUUUGGCUCUCCAAUGCGCUUGGCCGUGCAGCGAAGAGUGCGGUGCAGCUCGGCCAUGGCAAAGCUAGGCAUCAAAGCUCAGGGAAGAAAAAAUAGUGAAGUUUCCCAGAUAUGCAUGCUAGCAUUCUUUAAAGUGAAGGCAAAGCUAAUAAGUUGUAUCGGAAAGUAAACGGUAAACGAUACAGGCGCCAAGUUUACUGUAAAAAUAAGAUGCUUCCAAUAUGGUUUUUAUUCAACAAGUAGUGAAGUCAAAUGUGUGCAAAUGUUGAAGUAGCAUGUUUUUUGGCUGCCAAAUUCACUCACUAGAUAAGAGUAUACAAAGAG